AUGUACAAAGAGACAGAAUACAAGAGAAAACUACACACUUCAUGUAACUACGUUGCACCAUUGCUGUUAGCAGUUCUGUUUUCUCAUGCCUGUACUUUUGCUAUUCCUGGACAUGUAGUUUUUCUUACUGGGCAUGUACAAUACUUUCCCAAUGGGCAAGGGUCUAGCUAGGCAAGUGAUCCUCUUAUAAUAUCAUACUUUAAUCAUUAACUACAUUGUAAGAUGAGCAAAAAGUGGUCCUGGGCAAUAAAAAAAAUAUACGGUGAGAGAUGCUUUCCCAAGAGACUAGCUGCAACUCAAGAUUUUUUUCAGCCCUGAAGUAUACGUGUUUAAUUUGAAGACUCUUGAAAUGAGAAAAUAAAGUAGGUAGUGGAUUAAACAAGUGAUUAUCUAAUUAUUUUCUUUCUUUGUUAAAUUUCUUUGGCAGCUGGACUUGAAACAGUAUGGCAUCAAACAUCUUCCUGAUGACAUUAACAGGGGCAAAGUGCAGGAGGUAUUACUUUUUUUUUCACUCUUUAAAUCCAAGCUUAUGGCAUCCAUUCUCUGCUUUGCUUGUUACAGCUGUAGUUGGCAUUUUCACCUACAUGUAGUUUUUGUCAGGGCUGUGCUCUAACAGAGCCUGGUGUCCGGUGCCCAACUUUUGCUCUCGGGCACCUAGAAUAUCUGCAGUUACCUGGAGGUUGUCACACCCGUAAUGUAUAAUUAUUCUAAGAGAAACUUCAAACUGUACUUGUGUGGGGUAGUUAUUGUUGUGUUUUUCAGUCAACUUUUGGUGUCCUAUUGAGUUUUUCUUUGGUGUUAUUGAUGGAGUCCUAUGUAAAGAUAUUUUUCCCCUGUCAAAGUUGUCUGUGACUAGUAAAACUUAUGAUGGUUUAAGUGGUAGAAGAUGCAAGGAACUGCCUGGGUGGUUAUGGGGAGUUCAGCCGCAGUGUACAUGAAGGUGUGAAUGGGUUAAUUGAGCCAAAACCAAUUGGGAAUUGCAUGUAUUUUUAACACGCUGGACUGCACAAAAGUGCUGAGGAAAAAAAUAUCCAGGUUGCAUUGGGGAAGGGUUAAUGACCAGUUGUGUAUGACACCAUGUAUACAUGUAGUGAAACAGGAACAAGUAGCUUUUGAGAAAAAUAUAAUGUCUCUCUCUCCAAUUGCCAGAAAAUUGUGAGCAAAAGGUCCUGUAAAUUCCUCUGUUUAUUGUUGUUCAGGUUGCUUUGGGAAAAGGUGUGACCAUUAUGUUUGUUUUUUAUUUCUUGUUGCUGUUUUCUCUCUCAGGUCACUGGGCCCAUGAUCCUUCAGGUGCAGAAGCUACGCAACAUUUCUGCUCCAAAAGCAAAUGAAGAGUCAAUCCAUGCACCACGACUGCUAAAAAUUCAGCUGACAGACGGCCAUUUAACAUGCCAUGGAUUAGAAAAUUCAUCCAUUCCAGACCUCAGGUAUGAAGUUACUGUAAGUAAGAAAUGGUGAUUUUCACAGCUCUACACAAUGCAGUGUUCAGUACAGUGGAACCUCGAUUUAACAGAGUGCCAAGGAACUAGUGAAAUUUGUUUGUUAUAUCGAACACCUUCCUGUAAUGAAUUUUCGGGAAAACUACCAAAAUGUUUGUUAUAUCAAGGUAUAAACUGUAAUAACAUUUCAGUAGCGAGCUAUACAUAGCUACAUGUAUGGCACUAGAAACUCAAGGACAGGCAAAUAAAACCUGCUUAAAACUACCGUAGUCAUCAAUUAGAUCCUUGUUGGUCUGUUUGGCAUUCAAUUUGUUUCAUCACAUGCUGACGUUUAUUCAUUAUAUUGAGGUAUUUUUAUGUUUGUGCUUGUGGAUUUUGUUCAUUAUAACAAGGAUUUCAUUAAAUUGAGGUGCGUUAAAUCAUCAAGGUUCUGUUCCUUACAUUCUACCGAAAUUUUGGCCAGGCUGAAGAAAAUAGUUUGUUAUAGUAUAGCAAGGACUUUGUUAUAUAGAGGUUCAUUAAAUCGAGGUUCCACUGUAUUUUAUGUAGAGAUCAGAGGUAAAAAAUUAGAGAUGAAGAAUGAAUUUAGCCAAUAAGAAAACAGCAGAACCAAGGGAAAAUGGCUACAGAGAGAAUGAGAGGACUUUUAAAUGAAAAAUGGGUCAAAACAUACCCCGUUGAAGUCCUGAAUUUUUUUCAGGCUUCUUUACGCAAUUGCAUAAAUUACUGUGAUGAUCAUUUCUUCAUUUUCAUUUCGUUUCCGCAGUUCGUGUAUGAUUUAUUUCAUAUAUCAUUAACACUCAUUUCUUUCACAAGACAUAUGAACCCACAAUUGACCUGCUCCCAGUAUCAGUGGCUUCAUAGCUCAUUUGGUAGAGCAUCACACCAGUAAUCGCGAGGUCACGGGUUCAAACCCUGUUGAAGUCCUGAAUUUUUUUCAGGCUUCUUUAUGCAAUUGCAUAAAUUGCGUUCACUGCGACGAUCAUUUCUUCAUUUUCAUUUCAUUUCCGCAGUUCAUAUAUGAUUUAUUUCAUAUAUCAUUAACACUCAUUUCUUUCAUGGGAACAUAUGAACCCACAAUUGACCUGCUCUCAAUGUCAGUGGCUUCAUAGCUCAGUUGGUAGAGCAUUGCACCGGUAAUCGCAACAUCAUGGGUUCAAACCCCGUUGAAGUCCUGAAUUUUUUUCAGGCUUUUUUACGCAAUUGUAUAACUUGCGUUCACUGCGACGAUCAUUUCUUCAUUUUCAUUUCAUUUCCACAGUUCAUAUAUGAUUUAUUUCAUAAAUCAUUAACACCAAAAGUGUAUUAUUGCAAGAGAGGGAGAGCAAACAGACUAGUACGCUGUUACGAAGUAAUAAGGAAAAAAGAAGGAGUCACUAACCCAUAGCACGCAUAAUUCAUAGUUUUGUAGUAAAGGAUGUUCGCUUAUUAUUGGGUUCAUUUAAUACAGUUUUCACAGAAUUAAACAGGAGUUCUAUCAUGAAAGAAAAUUUAUUUGAAUGGUAACAAUUAAAGAUUUUUUGCUUCCCUUAUGCACUACACAUUGGAAAAAACAGUGAACUCAGAAAUUCAAAACCUAACUUGAGAUUAUGUGUAACAGGCUGCUGAGAAAAAGAAUUAUAGCAAAAACAAACCAAAAUUUUCCAAUCCCAACACUCAGAAACGACUUCUUGAACCUGCCAAAAGAUUUGUUUCCUAAGAGGUCCACUAAGGUUCACGAAUGACGGCAUUUAAACAUAAAACCACAGAUUGAGCAAAAGUUGCAUGUUUUUGAAAGAUUUAAGAAGCAGGAGCAUUGUAUGUUUCUUUCGUUUCUUAACAGCUUGUCAAUUCCUCCUGGCACCAAGAUUUCUUUGACAGGUACCAUUACCGUCAAGGAAAACUUUCUGAUGCUGGACUCAAAUAACACCAAGGUUUUGGGAGGAGAAGUAGAAAAACUAAAAGAAAAGUGGGAAUUGAAUAAGGUGAGCAUUAAUUUAUUGUGACUUUGUAGGGUGGUAAACUGAUACACUGUAUACUGCAAUCAGCUAGCAGAUUACAAUACCUUUCCGUUCAUCCUCACCCCCAGUUUAAAGAAAAAAUGUCUUACCAUUACAUUACAUUGCACGACAAAUUAGCAGAGACAUUAAAAUGUGCAAAAAAGGCAAUGUUUGCAUACACUGUAUGUCUUUUGAGAUCAAUCUUGCAUACUUAAUAAUUUGUACACCCAAUUUCACAUCAAGAAUUUACUCAUUUUAUUAUAAAAUUUUUAUGUAGAAGGUGUAGCUUGUUUUAUUUCGUAUUUUGUACUAAUUUCUUGUGCACUAAUCAACAGUGGUUGAAUGUUUUAGGUAAAGUUUCUUUUCUACUCUUUUUGUUGACUUCUUAAGUAAAAGAGCGCAACUUUUGGCAACUCCCUGUAUCACUAAAAAAAAUUUAUUAUAUAAACACCGAUGAAAUACCAGGUGAGCUUUCGCGUGAAAACAUGAUAUCUUCACAUGUGACAAUAAAAUGUUAUCUUCACAUGUGAAAAUAUCACCGUUGCUAAGGCUACGUAAUAAAUCGCACUUUUCACACCAAAAAACUAUUAAAGUGAAAUGGUUUGGUAUUUCAUUGGUGUUUAUAUAAUAAAUAAUAGAGCAUUACAUGGCCGCUCGGAGAUACAAAAUUUCUCUUCUCGUGUUGAAAUUUCAUGAGUGAGCGCAGUGAAUGAGUGAAAUGUUUUUCAACACUCGAAGAGAAAUUUCGUAUCUCCGUGUGGCCAUGUAAUAUCCUUUAUAUCUUAUCACCAUACAUGUAUUGUAUGCAUGUAUUGAGUAAAGCUUUUAAUCAAAGCACUGAAAAUAUACAUGCAAGUAAUGAUAUUUUUUCUGCUUUAAUGUCACAUUGUUCAUCCACAAAAAAUAAAGGUAAAGUAACCAUAUUUUUACAUGGUGUGCAACAAACACAGACCGCAGACUGGUGGGUAAAUGAGGUAAACAUUGUUGUGAAAUUAAUGCUUUAACAGAUUCCCUAUCCUUAAAAUUUAAGUCUUUUAAAAGUAUAGUUUAGGGAUAGGGAAUCUGUUAUAGCAUUUCACAACAAUGUUUACCUUCUUUACCUGCCAGUCUGUGCUUGUCACACACCGAUUUUUGCAUGGAUAACUUGUGACAGUAAUUGAUAUACUUGAGGUCGACGGUGCUUAGUUUUAAGGGUAUUUAAAGCUAGCUAAAACUACAUAGGAGAGGAGUUGAAACAAGGAAGUGAAGUCACCGGGGAUUGAACUCAACCAGGACCUUACGCACCAAAGGCUGCAUCCUUGCUCCAUAGCAUAUUUUGAAAGUUACAGUUGGAACAAAGCUUGAGCACAGGCAAGAAAUUGUUCGAAGUUUUACAGAACAAUAAUAAUUUCUUUUGUUUAACUGUAGACCUUAGCAAAGCAUUCACGUAUGGCUGUCAGCGGUGAUGGGCCUCCUCCAUUUGUUCCAUUUGGUCAAGGACUGCAGACUGGUGGUGAUAGCAAGGGAAGAUCUUCUGACAGCACAAAAGGUGAUUACUAUUCUAAUGUAGAAAAAAAAUUCCACUUUUUUGAAUAGCAGACUUUACUCUAUUUUUUCCCCCAAGAAUUGGACAGUUCACAAGUGGGCAGGGAAUGUGAGAACGAAAAAAAGGAGAGGAUCGUCUAGUUUUUCUGUUCCCGACUCUUACCACCUUGUGCUUGCUGUGGUUUUUAUUUUCAUACACGCUUGAUGAUCCCUAGAGAGAGAGAGAGAGAGAGAAAGAGAGAAAAAGAGGUCUUAGUCAUGUUCUACAUGUGAGGGGUUCCGGGGGAAAUAGUACUGUUAUGUCAUGUUAUCUGCUUGAGAAAGGUUUUUGAUUUUUUCAAUAAGAAUUUCGUUACAUUUGCUUAAUAGACCUCUUUAGCUUGGUAUGUGUUGUGGUUCAUUUUUGUCCCUGGUUUGAAUUUAAUUUUACGUUGUUUGAGACUCAUUAUCAUGCAUUAAAUGUACAUUACGCCUGAAAAGUAAUAAAUUUACACCCGGGAUUAAUUUGAACCACAACAUAAAGUGUAAUACAAGGGAUCCAUCCUGACAAGUGGAUAAGUCUUGCUGAAAUCAAUAUCGUUAUUGAUUGGAGAGGGACUUAUCCAGUGAAUAGGGUCAUCUUUUAAACGUCUGGGGCGUGGUCUCUGGAGUAUACCGCAAAUGACCUAAUAAACGUUCCCUCCACUAUACGCUGUUAAAAUUUUAUUAGAAGCCCCUCUCUAUUAAACGCCCCCUGUCUCAUAGACGUCCCCUAUGGGAAUGACUCCAAAAUACUAGGAAUUAGCAAGAAGGUGAAAAAUCAUCCAAGCCGGGAGUAUUCAGUUUUGCUGGAUUAACAAGGCUUUGCGUAUUUCAUCUUGUUCGAUGUCAAGUUUAAAGUAAGGAUAGACUAACGAUGGCAACAGGGCUAUUUAUACGAGGAAAAAUAAGACGCGAACUGUACCAUUUAUACGAGCAUGUCUUAUCUAAGACGAAAACAGAUCGUAUAAAUGGUUUGCGUCUUAUUUCUGUUCUUGACUCGUUUCCAUGUGAAUGUAGCCCUUAGCAACAGCAAUCCAACAUGGCGCACGUUUCAAAGUUCCGGUGUCAUGUUGCGAUUUGCCGCAGAGGCAAUAUUUUGCAGACCUUUUUAAUGAAAAUGGCGGAGUCUUCCAGGAGGUCUGCUAUUGCCCUCUCCUUGCAUAACAACAAAAAAUCAUUGUCUUCAGCGGUGGACCACGUGUUUCGUUUUGCCUUUGUCGGCGUACUCGUUUUACUUGAGCGAAGAAACAAAUAAAGGUUAAAAGUUUCAGAAUAGAUGGCAACCCAUGGAAACGAAAGCGCGUUGUAAUUUGUAAACAACUCUUCCCUGCCAGUAGCCUGCCAGUCCACCGUGGGGCAAGUGAAAAUUUUCCCGCCAAAAAUUAAUGGAUGCGCACUAUGCUUUCUCGUCUUACCUAAGAUGCGUCUUAUCUAAGAACAGGUGUUAAGGGCUGUUCUAAAAUACUACGCGUCUUAGCUAAGUCGCGUCUUAUUUUAGACGAAAUGUGCCGUUUGUACGGAAAGUUCGCGUCUUAUGUAAGACGCGUCUUAUUUUUCCUCGUAUAAAUGGCCCUAAUAACUCUAAGCGAGGAUUCUGACAUCGUUGUUGACGGGAUUUGAAGGAGCAAUAAUUUUAUGGAUCUCUGGACGGCCUAGAAGUAUCAAUUGAUAGAGUGGAUAUUCCGCUAUUUGACUUCCUUAUAAUGCAACUGGAUUAUUUUUCUUACGUCAUAGUUAAUGGCAUAGUUCAAAGUAGCACAGAGAAACCCAGAAACCAGCAAAGCAAGGACUCUAACCCGCCAUCAAAAGCCAGAUCAUUCGAUAGCAGCAGGAAUAACAGGCCCACCAAUCAUGAUAACAGGGACAGUGGAUACAAGAAAAUAAAUAACAAUAAUAACGGGCAAGACAGCAGAGUUGAGGACAGGAAGGGUACAGGUGACAAAACAAAUAACAGAUUCACAGCUGAAGAAAGACCUAGUUUGACUCAUUCAAAAGAAAGAGAGGGUAGAUCUGUUAAUUCUGAAGCAGCAAACAAUGACAGGUCAAGACAGGGCUUUAAUCCAACAGAUGAAAACAGAAAUAACAGCAGAACAGAUCAGAGGAGUGAGAGAUCAGAGAAGCCACCAUCCAGAACUCAGGUGAGCUGACAAAAUUACCAGUCACGCUGCAGUGCUGCUAAUAACAUUACCGGUUUUAUUGGAUUAAACGCCGCGGCGUUUAUUGAAGUUUAUUCAAUGGCGGCGUUAAUUUUAAAAUCACAUUUCGUGAAUCACGAAAAUCAAUUGUAAAUAUUAUGUGAAACAGAAAGAUAUUUAAAGUUCCAAUAUCCCGCUUUAUGGCCGAGAAAUAAUCGCGAUUUUCUGGUUGUUUUAGAUUUAUAAUCCCUUGAACAAACGGCGUAUUGUUUUGUUUGGGUGUGACAUUUAUGCGAAUUCGGCGUUUAUUGACAAUUUGUUUCGAUCUGCGGCGUUUACUAGAGGGCGGUGUUUAAUCGAGUAAAUACAGUAUUCUUGUUGGUCAUCGGAUAACUGGUCUGACACUGAUGAUGUCUUUCCGACAUAGCCAAUUAUAAAAGACUAUGUAGGAUCUGCAUUGUGAAUUGCGCGUGUGAAUUGUCUUUCCAUAGUCUUGAUUGGUUUGCUAAUGCAAGUGUGUAAAUACAAAUCAUUUUUGACAGGAACCGAGCAGGGGUGGUGGGAGGCUGCGAGGCCGUGGUGGAAGGCGUGAUUCAGGAGGUAAACUUUUUCACUUAACCUCGCUUGCGUGCUGACUGCUGUCAAAUAAGAGAAAUUUGCAAAUACUAAACUCGUUAUUUAGAGCUUUUCUCGUGUUGUCCCUACAUCCCAAGUGGGUUAUCACGUCGGUAAACCCAUAUAAAGUGUGAUCUAUUGCUUUUAUAAAAUAACUUGAUGUAAAACGGAGUCUUAUAGUGUGAUUUCUAUACCGUAAUCAAGUCGUGUCUUCUCAGUCUCUUAAGUCAUCAUAAGCCAAUCACGACUCACGAUUUAUAGCGCCGAACUUUCUCAAAACUCAGUUCUGUCAUACAAAAAAACAGAAGCACUUCAAAAAACGAGUUUUUGCACUCAUUACAUGAGGACUUAUGAAAGCUGUUUUACAGAAAAAGUCAACACAUAUUCAUGUUAAUAUACACUGGAAGAAUACAUUAAUGGUGUGGUUAAAACAGAAAGAGAAGGUUGAACAUCAGUCUGUUUUGUUGCGUCGAUCCGUAAUUUCGUGUUGACAGACGGAACUGGCAGCUAUUCUAUUUUAGGGCGAAGGAAGAAAAUUCGUAACCCUAGCCUGUAGCCACCUUAAACACGUACUGUAAUAUGCACGGAGAUGAUGCCAUUAAGGCCCACUGUGCUGCGCCUGCGCUACCCAAACUGUUUGCUGAACAAUAACACGAGACGAAAAUCGUUGUUUUACUGUGCUUAUUGUUUCUUAAAUUACAAACAAAUUCUCCUCUCCAUCACCAUAGAAACUGUAUGGAAGAUGGUGUGGAGAAUGUGCCUUUUGAUAUUUUCCUUUGUUGCCCUAUAUGAACAGGGAGAUUAAGAGGUGAGAAUGAGGAUGUUGAUGAUGUGGAAGACUAUAGAAGUAGGCAGCCUUCGGAACCAGCUCUCUGGGAUUUUCUGUCCACGAAAUUUCCAGCAGUUAAAGGUUUGUUCCAUUUGAUGUGCUUGAAAAAUAUAAAACGGCAGGUGUUAAAAAGUGGCAUUUUAUGAAAGAAUAGAGAUAAAAAGUUUGCGGUCAUUAUCUAGUGCGAAUUUGAAAUCAGUUUGAAAAAUUCUAAGCUGAAACGUUGUGUUUUAUCUUUCAUUUGGUAAUCUUUUCUUGUCAUUCUUAUAAAGUGUUUUACUAAGGUUUAUGUUACACUUGUGUAGAUGAUAACAAAGAUGUGACGUCAUGAAACGCAAACUUGUGGUGUUUCUGUGAAGUAUUAACAUUUAUGGUAUCACUCCCUUGAUCUACUUGUACAAUAUGGCGCCAACAGUGGAAACUUUGAUCUUUCCUUUUUUCUCGCUUUUUUAGCGGGGAAGGUUUUUGACGCUCCAUUGUCUGGAUAGCAGCUGUCAUCCAAUGAACGUACAAGAAUUUCUUGACGUGUAGAUUUAGGAAAUAUAAUGUAUGCAUAUUUUUCAGUGAGAUUUUAAUGCAAUGUGACUUUUAGUCAUGGUCUCCAAAGGAGACGAAUUUACAUGAAUUGACAAUUGUUUUCGAAAUGAAAUGUUAUUAUUUCUGUUGUUGACACACUCCUCCCUAAUUCGUCACGAUGCGACGUUUGUCUUAACACCUUUACGUCACAUAAUCUUACAGAUACAAAGAACGAAAAGCCUCUGAAGUCAAUAGAAAAUCAGAAGACUGAUGAAGCACAGCAAGAAAGACCGCCCCCUAGACCACCACCUAAACCUGACAAUGAUUUCAAACCAAGACAGCAAAAGCAAGAUCCUCGAGUGGAGAAAAGCGAGAAUGCUUCUCCUCCAAGACAACAGCAAGGUGAUGGACAGGGUGAAUAUGCCACCCCCAGAGCAGUGGAGAAACAAAGACAAGAAUCGUCAGCGCAGCACAGAGAUGGCAGACAACAGGGGAAGCCACAGAGGGAGCCGUAUUAUAAACAGCAGCAGAACGCUGGUCAGACAAAGGGGAAGGGUUCUAGAAGACAUGAUCAUGAUUCCAGACCAUAUAAUCAGAGCUUACCACCAAGGCUGCAGAAGAAGCAACAACAGCAGCAGCAGCAACGGCAGCAUCAUCAGCAUUACCAGCAUCAUAAUCAACAUCAAACCGAGACAGACGUCAGCAACGACGUGACAGAAACUAACGCUACGAGCACGCCUUCCGUUGCUCAGGAAGAUGAUGCUAUUAUAACAUUCAGUGCAGCGUCUGCCCUUCGCCAAACUGAGUAUGUAGAAGAACCGCCUAGUCAAAUGUCACAGCAAGUGCAGUUUCAAGAACCUCAGGGUGUGCCAUACAGUGGUCAGCAGUUUGCAGGGUCGGGAGGGCAGGGCAAGUGGCAAAGGAAUACUGAGCAUUACAGGCGGACUAGUUUUACCCCUCCCAACGUUCAGCAACAGCAGCAGCAACACUUGGAGUUCGUGAGCAUGGCUAUGGAGACCCAGCGUUCCCAGGCCGCACAGUUUGUGAUGAGUCAAACAAAACCGUACUUAGAACAGGGUGUGCAAGAGCAAGCGGAUAUGAACUUGGUGCAGGAAUAUCAAUACGCACAGCAAACCCAACCUCCUGUCCAAGCCUACCCAGUGUAUCAACUCCGUCCUGCUCAGAUACCUCAACAGCAGAUGAUGCCACAGCAGGCCAUUCCACAGCAACCAGUAGCUGCUCCUAUGGCAGCAACACAGGUGUUUAUUAUUUUUCACUGUUUUCUGUCAGAACCAUGGUGUCUAUAAAUAGCGGUGGCGUUAAUGCUGGAAUAAGCGCUCUCCGAAUCACCGCGCCCCGUUAGCCUAUUACUAUUUUAAUUUAAAUUUUACCCCUUUGGAUAAGCACCUCUCCCCUCCUUAAAACCCGUUCUGACUGAAAAUGCGGUAUGAAGUAUGUUUAUCUUUAUUGAAUGUAGCAUCACAAGUACGAUCACUGGAGAAUGACCCCAGUGAGGACAUCGCACGGCCUAUGUCAACGGUGCUGUUCCUCUGACAAUAAUGCGUGAGACAGAGUUUAGUCACAACAGAAUGCUCAGGGCUAAGAAUAUGCAACACACACGCGCGCAACACGAAUUUUGGCUAUAUGCUGAAAGAUACCUUCUUAAGUUCCUGCUUUCGUUCAUUUGAAACAAAGAUAAAUGCCAUCUACGCAGUAAUUUUUAGGGAGUUAUUAUAACUCCAAAAAUGGAGUAAAACGUUUAGGUACAGGAUAACCCCUUUUUGGGGGUUACUUUAGUUAUUAUAACUCCUUGAUAAUUACUGUGUAAAGGGCGAAAUUCUAGAGAAUGAUAUAAGCGUCCCCAUUCAAAUAAUAGUAAUACCCCUCCCCUUUGAUUUAGCGCGACCCCUCACGAGUAAAAUAAUUAAAUACUCGGACCUGGGCUUGAAUAAGCAGUCGAACUCAGAUUGUUUCUAUUUAUUUUCAGGUUGGUUGGAAGAAGGGAGAUCACUGUUUGGUACCUUGGAGAGAUGGGCAGGUAAGUGACUUUUUCUUUCCUUUGAUUGCUUACCAUAUUCUAAUGGAGGACCGUGAUAUUCAUGACCUUUAGUUUUGAAAAGAGACUGAAUCAGUACGAGGAUGGAAUUUUGAGCCAACGGUAUCUCCGGCAUUCUUUAAUACUCCUUGCUAUCACUGAUUGGCACAUAGAGAACUUGAGGGAUAGGACUAGUAUUAAUAACAAGUGAUUAUUUGUCACACUUGAACUUGGAUUGAAAACUCGUACUUGAUCUCGAAGACCUCGGGCAGUAUUCUUUUAAUGUUUUUAAUGCUGUUAUGUUGUAUUGAGUUAUUUUUUUCUAAGUAUUUGAGUGGAGUGCCUCUAAACUAGCUGGAUAAGUUAACUGCACUUUCCACUAUACAAGUUUUGUUUUGUUGUUGUUUAGCCUGUGAACAGCAGACGCAUUUCCGGUCGUCGCUUCUCUCCCUCCGAAAAUAGCUAUUUUUUCGGAGGGAGAGAAGCGAUGACCGGAAAUGCGUCUGCUGUUCGCAGGCUAGUUGUUGUUGCGCCCGGAUGGAAAUUUCAAAAUCAAAACCUCCAGGAAAACGGGCACGGUUGGUAGCUAACAAACCGUUCUUUUUGCGUUAUUAACUGAUAGUUGUAUCAUGUUAUCUGCGAAGCUCUCUUAAGAUCUGGAUAUCGAAUGUAAACACAGCAAACGUAAAGGAGAUUUAUGACCCCAUUAGUUACUGGGACUGUCGAGAACAGCCCCUAAUCAGAUCUCGAUGAAAACUUCAUCUGCACAGUGGCAAUCACAGGAAAUUGCGUGCGUGCAUGCCUAAAUGAUUUCGAAAGAAUUACGCGACAACCCAGUAGGUGGUACUACUUUAUUCAGAUAUACCGGUAUAUUUUAUCAGUAUCCUUGUUUUAGUCUCGGCAGUAUUUCGUUCAAGUUAUUUAAUUCAACCGAUUGCAUCCUUGAUGCAACCUAAUACAGUUUAACCUCUCUACAACGGCCACUUUGGGGACAGAGGAAUGUGGCCGUUAGCGGAAGUUCGACUGUUAUGCCUCGGUUGUGUUUUUAGAGUUUUUUUGGAUGGUCUUUUAGAAUUUUGUAAAUGAAGUAAAUGGGGUGGGGUCCAAAGGAUGAAAAUUUAACAUCACGGAAGCAAGGAAAAUUUGAUUGAAAAUUAAAAAAAAACCUACGAAGCCGAGGUGAUAUGAAGGUGCCUUGGGGACGAGGCUUGUUAUGAGUUGCUCGUAAAUAGGCUCUUUGGGGAACUUGGUCACGUGCUUGGAUACCACUUAGCUACGACUCGGUGGAUGGUAAGCCAUCCAAGUGUUCAUUCAGAUCACAAAGAUUGGAGUGCGAUCGGACGAGGCCUUCGUACGUCAAUUCAAACUUCUUUAAUUACAGAAUUAAUAAACUAGGAUAAAUUCGCAGUCGAAGCUUUGCGAUGGGAAUGAACGUUUGUAAGUUGUAUCCUAGACUUGCUCACAAGUCGAGCUCAAAAUUUUUCUCAAGCGCUAAGCGCGAACUAGAAAUUUGUUAGUUUUCGGUGGCAAAGCGAGAGAGAGAGUGCUGGACUACUACCGAAACCGCAAACGAGAAGCGAAGGACUUUGAGAAAGUCGUAGUUGUAUCCAAGCAAAUGACCAAGUUCUACAAAGUGCUCUUUGACAGGGUUACCGGUCGUUUCGAUUCAAACUCGUGUCGAUAAAAAUUUAUUCAGCCGACUUGUGAAUUGUUUCACGUACUUGGCAAAAUGUUUUUCUUGCUUAUGCGCAAGCUUUUCUUGAAGUGACCGAAAUCUUUGUGCAAUUUCACUGCUUGAGUUUGUAUCGAAACGAUCGGUUUCCAUUGACAGUAAUCAAUGUAUUGUCAUAUCUUGGUAGUAUUACAGUGCUAAGAUGGAGGACCUGAUGCCAGACGGUGUCAACUGUGUGGUUUCGUUCUUGGAUUUUCAUAACAGCUGUGAUGUUGUGCCUCUCUCGUCCUUGCGACCUUUUCCUAUCAUUGCUUGGGUAAGAACUUAAAAACAUUCUUUGAAGGCGCAUUUACAUCACAGAAAGAUAACGCCUAUUACAUUUUCACAAGUAGACCAGAAACUAUACCGAGGUGUGGUGACAAUAUGGUAAUGCAUUACAAUCAUUGUUUUAUUCCCAUUUACCAACAAACAUACAAAGCUAUCUAUUUUGAUACAAAUUUAAUCAGAGCAGACAAAAUAUGAGUUGCUCCAACUUUAUAGGCUCAUACCUGAAUUGGAACCGAUUACUCUUUAGCUUUACUUACAGGAUCACUGAUGAUAACUUUUUGGAUUAAUUGAUUUUGUAAAGUCUUUUAUAAUAUUAUACUGUUGAAUCUUGCAGUAGGCUGAAGAUGAAAAGGAGCGAAUCGAUUGUUCUGAUUGGCUUCGCAAGCGGGGUAGAUAGGUCCAUUAUUUUCCCGCGUUGGAAGCGCAAGAAAAAAUUCUCUUUUUUGGCCAUUUAAUAAACCCUUUAUUGACCAAAUGAUGGCUGGGUAUUGGCCUUGUUCUUCUUUGACGUUGUUAUUGACCUCGACUUUGUCUCGAUCCAUAAUUGGCUAAUAUCCAGUCAUCUUAACCUAACGUUUCUUCAGUAACGCAUAUGUCUUUUUCAGGGAGACAGUGGCAAUUCACAGCCCCAACCAACAGGAGCUAUUGCCACGGUACCUUACUAUACACAAGCAACACCCGUCAACAUCGUGUCCAGACCCCAGAUGGUUAUCCCUGUCAGUGGACAGCCUCCAUUUCAUGCUGGGACCAGACCAACGUUUGUUCACUCGGCCCAAGUUCCCCCUCAAGUUCACUGGCAGCCUGCAACGAUGCAGUACCAAGAAGUGCGGGCAGCAGCCUUCCAACCUGUAAUGCAUUAUGGGGCUGUGCCACAGGCAUCCGCAGGGGGUCCUGGUCAGGCACCUUAUGGAGUCCCUACUGGAGGUGGUAUGCAUUACGUCAGAGGCGUCAAGGAUAUCCAAGGACAAGGUGUGAGAGAUUGAAACAGCAAACACAGAUCAUUUUAUCUGCAAAAUAGGCACAAUUAUAGUGAUGCCUUCAGAUGUUUUUUGUGAUGCUAGAGGCUACAUACUGCUUAUUCUCGAAUUAGUGUCCUCCUUCAAAUAAGUGCCUCAUCUGAAUUAGCUUCCCCGGCCCUUCUGAGGCUAAAAACAUUGAUUUAGCACCAACUUUGCUAACCUGUUUACCGUACCUUGGAGGGACUUCUCACUCGCUCAGCUUAAUACUGUAGCGGCACUUUUUGGUGACUGUCAACUAUUCAGCUUUGCCCGCAGUCCAAAUCUCCAGGGCCGGGUUUUUCGAAGCUGCGUUAAGAUAAUCCAGGAUUAGUGCAAAAUUUGAACUCAAAUAUGAGAGCUUAAAAAACAAGUUCAGUUUAAUUCUCUUUGCCUACAAUUUGAUGAUUGGAUACUCUAAAAAGAAUAUAGAAAAUUAUCCGAGAGAGCGCUUUUGAUAAAAAGAAAAAGAAACCCGGGUUAAAGUUUAACCCCGGGUAAGCGCUAACAGGCAUUCUAACAACUGGGCCCAGGUUGCUAUUAAGCAUGCGCGGCACUCGUGUAGCCAGCAUUUGUUCGGCCUUCCACUAAAGAUAAAUGGAAUGGAAAAAGCGCUCCAACUUCCAAGCAGUAAUUCGAUCGGAAACGCUUGCUACGCAGGGUAUCAUUAGCAAACUUGGAAUGUCUGUGUUGUAUCGCUUUCUUACAGAUGUGUACAGCAGUAACCCUGAGGGUGGAAGAGGAAGAUCGAGUCCAACUUCAAGUGGUUAUUCCAAACCAAGAAGACCGAACAGAGCAACCCAGAGUUAUUACGUACCGCCAAGACAACAAAAAUACAAAGACAAAGGAUAGCAAAUGGACCAUGGUAAUUGUUGUCCUCUUGUGCAAUAAAUUAUGUGUACCUUAGUUCCGGCAGGGCUAAAAUACAGGUCACUUUUCCACAGGUCAGAGUACAAGUCACCACGAUACAGAUAAACGAACAGCAUUAAACAGCAUUAAAAGUGUCUCCUGACACUUUUCUCUUAACAAAAUGCUCUAUUAGAUCGAGGGGAAUCUGUGUGGUUUGAUAAUUUAUCGAUGGAGCAUUGACCUGUACUCUUGACCUGUGGAAUGUGACUUGUACUUUAGACCCGCUGCCCUAGUCCUGCUUAUAGUAAUCUGGCAAAGGCGAUACACGCCAACUGCUCCCGAAAUGAUAUAUAUAUAUAUAUCUAUAUCAUUUCUGCGUAGAAGGUUUAUGCUUUUUGAAUUCUAAAAACUAGAUAAGCCCCUCUUUUAAACCCUGUCCACACUAGUGCGUUUUUGCUUGAAAACGCGUGCGUUGUAACUCGUUUUUGCUUUGCGCCCAAACUAAAACAAGCAAUAAUCGAGGUUUUCGAAAGCAAAUCUUUUUGAAAGGGGUGGGGGGUUGAAGACGUUCUCAAAGGGAGACGUUUGAAAACAGAGAUGUAUCGUUUUAGUUUGGACGAGUGAAAUGGAAGGUUUUCAAAAAUCCUGACGUUAUACCCACCUCGCGACCCGUAUUCGUCCAUGACCAAGCAUUACAACGGAGGAAACUGAAACCAGCAAGUUCGUUAAUAGCCAGGCGUAAGUGGUAGGUGCCGGUUACGUUUUGGUUAAUUUUUAUAGAGCACGCGAGGACGUUUUCGAUGGCUUU